GAUCUGAAGGACGCAAAAUACUGUAUACAUGGCAAAGAACAUAACAUUUCUUCAGACAGUUUUGAUGUUCUUACUACAUGGUUGCAUAUUGGCUGAAGGCGGUGAUACAAGAUCAAGUUGCCGAACAGCCCCAACAGAUUUAGUUUUCAUCUUGGAUAGCUCCUACAGUGUUGGCCCAGAAAACUUUGAAAUAAUCAAAAGAUGGCUGGUCAAUAUUACAAGUAACUUUAACAUAGGACCAAAGUUUAUUCAGGUUGGAGUAGUUCAGUACAGUGAUUAUCCUGUACUUGAAAUUCCUCUUGGGUCUCAUGCUUCCAAUGAGGAUCUAAUCAGAGAAAUGGAAUAUGUACAGUAUUUGGGUGGAAAUACAAGAACAGGCAAAGCAAUUCAAUUUGCAAUCGACCAUCUAUUUGCUAAAUCCGCAAGAUUCCUUACAAAAAUUGCAAUUGUUCUAACUGAUGGUAAGUCCCAAGAUGAAGUCAAAGAUGUGGCUGCUGAAGCCAGGAGAAGUAAGAUCACGCUGUUUGCCAUUGGCGUUGGUUCUGAAACUGAAGAAGAUGAGCUGAGAGCAAUUGCCAACAAACCGUCUUCCACAUAUGUGUUCUAUGUUGAAGAUUAUAUUGCAAUAUCCAGAAUAAGAGAAGUAAUAAAGCAGAAACUCUGUGAAGAAUCAGUUUGCCCAACAAGAAUUCCUGUGGCAUCCCGGGAUGAAAAAGGAUUUGAUAUCCUUUUAGGCUUAGAUGUGAAAAAAAAGGUGAAGAAAAGAAUUCAGAUUCCAAGCACUAAUGCAAAAGCUUAUGAAAUCACUUCACAGAUUGAUUUGUCAGAAUUGACAAGAAAUGUAUUUCCAGAAGGCCUUCCUCCAUCAUAUGUAUUUGUAUCUACACAGCGAUUUAAAGUAAAAAAAACAUGGGAUUUGUGGAGGAUUCUAAGCCUGGAUGGAACACCACAGAUAGCUGUUACUGUAAUUGGAGAAAACAAAACAUUAUCAUUUACUACAACAAGCCUAGUAAAUGGCAGUCAGGUUGUUACUUUUACUGCACCCCGUGUAAAGACAUUGUUUGAUCAAGGCUGGCAUCAAAUCCGUCUGUUAGUAACAGAAGCUGAUGUAACAUUGUACAUAGAUGAUCAAGAAACUGAAAUGAAGCCAUUGCAUCCUGCUGCAGGGAUCUAUAUUAGUGGAGUGACUCAAAUAGGAAAAUAUUCUGGGAAAGAGGAGACUGUGCAGUUUGAUGUCCAAAAGCUAAGGAUUUACUGCAGCCCAGAACAAAACAGCCGUGAAACAGCCUGCGAGAUACCUGGCUUUAAUGGAGAGUGCAUGAAUGGACCUAGCGAUGUAGGAUCUACACCACCUCCUUGUAUUUGUCCUCCAGGAAAACAAGGACCCCCAGGCCCAAAAGGUGAUCCAGGACAACCUGGGAAUCAUGGCUUCCCUGGAGAACCUGGUCCAGAUGGUAAGCCUGGCUAUCGAGGAGUAGCAGGAACUCCAGGAUCUCCAGGGAUCCAGGGUCCACGUGGCCUUCCAGGGGUGAAAGGCGAACCUGGGACAGAUGGGGUAAAGGGUGACCGUGGGCUUCCAGGUUUCCCUGGAUUACAUGGAAUUCCAGCAUCUAAGGGUGACAGAGGACCUAAAGGAGAUCAAGGAAUACCAGGAAUUUAUGGGAAAAAGGGUGCAAAAGGAGAAAAAGGUCCCAUAGGACUUCCUGGAAUACCUGCAUGGCCUGGAGAACCUGGGAGGAAUGGGAAGGAUGGCAUACCUGGAAGUCCGGGUUUUAAGGGAGAAGUUGGACAACAGGGUUCUGCAGGACCAGAAGGAAGACAGGGAAAUCCUGGAAUUCCUGGGAUCCCUGGACUUCAAGGAAUAAAAGGAGAAAAGGGUGAAAAUGGUCUGCCAGGACAAGAAGGAAUGAAAGGAUCACAAGGGUUACCUGGUCUGCCUGGACCUGAGGGAUCAUCAGGUUUACCUGGAGGGCCUGGGCCUAAGGGCAGCAAGGGUGAACAAGGACUACAAGGGAAAUCAGGAAUUCCAGGUAUCAAGGGAGAACAAGGAAGACCAGGUAAUUCAGGUGAACCUGGCUAUCCUGGAAUGCCUGGCCCUCCAGGCUUGAAGGGAGAGAAAGGAAAUCAGGGUGAAAAAGGCAUCCAGGGUCAUAAGGGUGAAGGAGGCAGGGCAGGUACUCCAGGCCAUAAGGGAGCUAUGGGAUUAAAAGGAGAUAAAGGAGAGACAGGUGAGAAAGGAAAUCCCGGCUUCCGUGGCAUCCAUGGCUACAAAGGGGAACCGGGAGUGAAUGGCUUGAUGGGUUCCCCAGGCCCACAGGGAAUACAAGGAGAGAGGGGGUUUCCAGGAAUACCUGGAUCAGAUGGAAAACCUGGAAGAGGUUUUUCAGAAGAAUUUAUUCGGCAAGUUUGUGCAGAAGUGCUGAGAACCCAGUUGCCUACUAUACUUCGGGAUAGAAGGUUGCAGCACUGUGAUCAUUGCCAAUCUCAUGAGACCAUUUCUGGACCUCCUGGUCCACCAGGCCCGAUUGGUCCACAAGGCCCUCGAGGUUUUCCUGGUUUGCCAGGAAAUGAUGGCAUUCCAGGUAUGGCAGGAGUUCCUGGGCAUCUUGGACCUCGUGGUGCAAAAGGACCACCAGGAAAAAAUGGAGCUAAAGGAAACCAAGGUAUUGGAGUCCCUGGGAUUCAAGGCCCUCCUGGACCUCCAGGUCCUGAAGGCCCACCUGGGAUAGGUAAAGAAGGACAUCCUGGAGGACGUGGGGAGCCUGGGAAAGAUGGAGAACGUGGAAGUCCUGGAAUUUCAGGACAAACUGGACAGCCUGGAAUUUGUGACCCAUCUCUAUGCUUUAGUGCAAUUGUAGGAAGAAAUCCAUUUAGAAAGGGACCAAACUAUUAAUCUGAGAUGUAUAAAUGGCAGAUUAGCCCUGGUGCUUGCCUUUGAUGAUCUUUCAAGACUCAGGAAGAUAACUGGCAAUAAUUCACAUUCCUAGGAACUAAAGUACCUCUGGUGAUGUAAAAUAAUAUGGUAAAAAUUCCCAUAUUCAACAUACGGGAUUUGGGGCUCCAAUCCAGUUGAAUUGAGUUAUCACUGAAAAUAGCAACAGCAGUUUAUCCUCAUUACCUUAAAUCAGCACCAUUUUUCAAACAUGGCUCACUAUCUGUAUUCAGGCUGAUCUCAGCAAGUUUAGUUUAAUUAUCAUGUUUGCCCAGCAACACUUGCUUCUUUUUGAAGUCCCCUGGCAACUUAAUGACUCUGCUGAAAUCUGGAUUGGGCCCUCUGUACUUGGUAAUCAGGUGAAAAUCACUGUGAAGGAUUUUAUAUUCAGCUGACGUAUACGGCAUCUUAAUUUUAAUAGAACAUGGCUAGUUGUUAUUUCACGUGUUUGUGAAUUCCCCCAAUUUUUUUGUCUUUCAUAUUGAGAAAGACAUGAACUAUCUGUUUGUAAAUGUUUAAUUUAUCAUUGGGCAAUUUGAUACAAUUUAUUAUUAGCCAUGCUGUCCUUAAUGAAUUUAUGCAAAAUAUUCAAUUAUACGUUUCUAUCCACAAGUAAAAACAUUUCUGGAAGCUUCUAAAAUAAACUAGAGUGCAUUUAAAAUUUUGAUUUCUAACUAUAGUCUGGCAAAGAUUUUUUUGUUAAAAAGCAAAUCUUCACAGAGUAAAGGAUAAAUUUAUUUAAUCUUUUCAGCCUGGUUAUAGAACUUUGUGUUUCCAUUUUUGCUAUAGGAUUGCAAAUGUCAGACCAAAAGUUUACAAGGGACCCUUGAUGCAUCCUCAUAAUUACAGUCUCUGCAAUGGUACUUCUUUUCAUUGUUCAUUUGAAUUCAAGAAGCGUACUUGCAUUGUAAUCAACUCAGUUGUACAAUUUCCAUCGGCACUUGAAUUGAUUUUAAAUAUUAAUGUAAAGAUUUUCUGUUAACUGCAUUUACAUAAAAUGCUAUUAACUAGCUACGGUUGCUGGUUUUUCUGUCAUUUGUAAUAUGCUUGACAUUCAAGGUUAAAUAAAUUUUUGUUGAGUUUCUGGUAAUAAAA